GGUGACCUGUCUGGGUAUGAGGGUAUAUAUAAGUCCUCGAAAUUCACUGACAACUCAUUGUCUGGUGAAAACCUUUGAUCUGGGGGCUGCUCAACACAUUCUCCUUUGAAAGACUGAAGCUGUUUGCCUGCCUGCUGUGAUGAAGGGUCUCAUGCUGAUUUUUGCUCCACUGUAUUUGCUCCUUUGUUGGAUGCAGCCUGGAGGCUCUGUGAAGAUCAGUUUUGUCUUCACUCCACGGAAGGCAAACCAGGUUAUCCAAAUGAGCAUGGUUGAAGAUGCUGUUGAUGACAUGUACUUUGACUGCGAUAAAGUAAUGACGACAAAGAUCAACAACAGAUAUUUUAAAGAAGAGAUCAAACAAAGGAUAUUUGAGAGUGUCUGGAAAAAUUCAGAAAAAUGUUCAAAAAAAAAAAUAGUAGAUGCUAAAAACAGUGCUCUGACUAAAAAACACAGACAAGCAAUCUGUGUUUAUACAUCUGGUUUUAAAAAAUUUUAUGAGAUUUUCAAUGCUGCAGUCCGGACCGACAGAAAAAUCUAUCAAACUUCCUUCCCAUUUCACUCCUUACAUUUCUGGCUGACAUCUGCUGUACAGAUCCUAAAUAAUAAUAUGAAAUGUCACAAUACUUACCGUAGAACCGAAACUGUAUUUACUGGCAAUGUCAACCAAAUAAUACGGUUUGGUUUCUUUGCCUCUAGUUCUUACAGUCCAACGAUGACCCACUUUGGUAAUAAGACCUGCUUUAAUAUUACAACGCGUUUAGGUGCUUCCCUGGGACAAUAUCCAACUCUUGGAGAUAAAGAGCAAGAGGUGCUCAUUCCACCCUAUGAGAAGUUCAAAAUAAAAGGGAAGAUCGCAAGGAAAAAGAAGAGUCCAUAUGUUGGAGGUUUGGAUGAUUGUGACGUUGUUUAUGUCUUGGAAAGCGCCGGAGUUCACAGCAAUCUAAACUGCCAAGCUGUCUAAUUAUAAGAGACCAGUGGUUAUUCUUCAACUGAUGGAGCAAGGUCAAAACUAGAUUGAGUCUGGGUCUUGUCAGAAAACUAUAUCCUUUUAAAAUCCAAGCUUAUUACAAUAUAUCCAUACAUUCUCUUCAACAGCUAAAUUCUUCAACCCCUAAAUUCAUGCUUUGGGGUACUAAUUGCAGGCUUAGGUUUGCAUGCUUCUACAACAUAUUAUACUGUAGCUACAGCAAUAUGAGCAACAGCUUUUUAAAUUGUUAUCAGCAUUU